CAAAUUUCCUCGACUCUCCCAUUACUCGCCAGGUCUACCAUUUUCACCAUAUUCAUCACUUUUGAUUGUCCCCGCUACUUUUCUAAACAUGGGGUCUCCAGUGCAGGAUCCAUUCAUAAAACCUUUUGAGGAGGAGAGGGCAAAGUACAGCAGAGGUCAUCAUGAACCAACAACUCACCAGCUGAAUCGCUUCAGUAUCUACUGCGAGCUCCUAAGACAAGAUCCCGAGCUCCUUAAGGAUAAGAAGAGCUCUACACGUUCCAGAAAGAAAACAACACGGGAAAACUUAUUGAAAAUCUCGAAACUCAGCUCCUCAGUCUUUAUCCUGAGCUGCUUUCUCGUGUCAGCCACGGAGCUAGGUAGCAAGAGCUACCUCGAAAUUAUCCCGAAACUUCGAGACUGGUGGAGAUCCGUUAAGCAUCCAAAAGCGUUAGCCGAUAGAGCCCGCGUACUUUGCGAGAUAGAAGGCGUUGACUACGUGGAGACUGUUAAUACCUCUGAGGACCAUGAAGACCAAGUCAAGACCCCCCCCCAAAAACCUUCAGAAGGCUCGAUUUUCCUGUACCGCAACGAGAUACCAAUGCUCCAAGUCAGCCUCCUUCCAAGCGAGCCACCAUACCAAGCCAUCGACCUCAGCACUAGUCAUCUUAUUAAUUUCCUUUUGACUUAUGAGAGUCUGAGCGACCGGCAGGCCGUCGUGAGGUUGUUGCAACAGUACGAACCAACUUGCCCGAUUCUGAAGCUGAAGAUGCCCUUGUCCAACGCCUUUCCUUCGGUGGAGAUGAAAGUCACAUCUGAUGUCGGGUCGAGCGUUUGUCUUUUGUUCGCUUGGGAAUUGGCGAACGAUCUCAUCAUUUCAUUGGGAUAUUCGACGACGAAUAUAGCGAAUUGAUAACGAGCCCAAGAGCAAAAACUUCUCACCGGGCUUCAGAACAAGAAGGACUACUCCAGGUAGCCCGUUGCUUUUCGUGUACUUUUCUGGCUUACCCAACACCCGAACUACUCCCCCAGCGCCAGUGUUUUUAACGAGGAGCGCCAUCACAGUUGAGUCUACUGCCAUGACUCCGGAGGUUGUUGUCCACGCAUCCAGCGCAAUCCCAUUAUCUGGCAUAUUUCCCGCCUCUUUGAGCAGUUUAUCUGUCAUGUCUAUGAUGUUGCUGUCUAGCAAGCCAUCGACAGAUAUACCAGCAUCCUCAACUUCGUCCCUGUCCAUCCUCUUGAUCCAACCCUCGACCUGGAUAUUUGGAGUCUGAUUCAAUUUUGCGCGCUUGUCAUGUAUGGGAGGUAGAUGAGGUUGAACUAUAUAGGAUGACUCGAUAUCAGUGACUUGCAAUAAUAAUUUGUUGACGAAGGGUCCUGCUUCUUGCUCAGGAUACAUGUAACAGGUUAAAUAUUUUUGAGUAGGGCUUGACAGGCGGUCAAAUCGAGAAUUAUACUCACGAAGCUUUGGUUCCCCCUCAAAUUAUAACUGAUAAUCUGUAUUUGUGUAGGCGACCUGGCAAAUCACCGUUUUAAUCAACACAUAAAGAACUUCCCUGCG